GAUUUUCAUAGUACACAUUGCAGAGUAACCACUAUAUAGUUUCCCACUGAACAUAUCUUCAUGCUGUAACACUUGGCUCUCUCUCUCUCUCUCUCUCUCUCUCUCUCUCUCUCACACACACACACACACACACACAGGCAAUUAGAAUCUUCGCAAAUAACAACUUUUCCCGAGUUUCCUCUCUUUUUCUCUCUCUCAAGACUACACGAAGACUCAAAGAGUCCUCAGUAGUAACAAACUUUCAACACGUACUCUCUCUCUCUCUCUUCUUUCCUUCUCUCUCUACAAGUACAUCUGGUGCAGUGCGAGCGGUUACCGUUUCGUACAUGGCGGAUAUAGCGAAGUACGCACCCAUCAACGGCGGAACUCUCGUCUCCUACUUGAAAACCAACCUAUCAAUAUUCAGAACUAGGAAAACCAUCUCCUUCGCAUACGCCCUCAUCUUCAUCUCCAUCGCCUUCACCAUCUUCCUCGCCUUCACCCCCUCCUCCAGCUCCUCCUCUCCAUGGUUCGCCGACAUUAACACUCUCACCAACUCCUCAACUCCUCCCUCUCUAUCUUCAACCCUCUCCGACGCCCCCUACCGCUCCCAUUUUUCCUCAAUUGUCUUCUAUUUCUUCCCCAAUUCUUCUUCUCCACCGCCCGCCGACACCCCCGAUUCGAUUAACAAUGCAGAGGUUUCUCAUCAACUUGAAGCCUUGGAGCCGAUCAAUAAUCAGACUCAAUUGAAUCCGAAACAAACUGAAUUGCCGAAGAGUAAUCAGAGCACGAUUGCGAAUUCGGCUUCUCUGGUUAAGAAUUCAAUUUCUUUUCCGACCAAGGACGGAGAAGUAGAUUACGCGAAGGUGUCGGAUGAAUUGUCGGUCUGUGAUCUGUUUGAUGGGAAUUGGGUGAGGGAUGAGUCUUACCCUUUAUACGAACCCGGUUCUUGCUCUUUGAUAGAUGAACAGUUCAACUGUUUCCUCAAUGGCAGGCCUGAUCAUGGGUACCUUAAGCAUAAAUGGAAGCCUAAAGCCUGCACUUUGCCGAGGUUGAAUGGAAGUCAUAUGUUGGAAAUGUUGAGAGGGAAACGGCUGGUUUUUGUUGGUGAUUCUCUAAAUAGGAAUAUGUGGGAAUCUCUCAUUUGCAUUCUGAAGAGCUCUGUGAAAGAUCAAAAGAAAGUGUAUGAAGUUUCUGGGAGGCAAUAUUUUCGAAGCGAAGCUUCUUAUUCGUUUUUAUUUGAAGACUACAACUGCACGGUUGAGUUCUUCGUGUCUCCUUUCUUGGUUCAAGAAUGGGAAUUCGUUGAAAAGAAUGGGACUAAGAAGGAAACGCUUCGGCUUGAUCUGGUCAGCAGCUUUGCUGAUAAAUACAAAGAUGCAGAUGUACUCUUGUUCAACACUGGCCACUGGUGGACUCAUGACAAGACUUCCAAAGGGCAGGACUACUAUCAAGAAGGUAGUCAUGUGUAUAGUGAGUUGAAUGUUCUUGAGGCCUUUCACAGAGCUAUAACAACGUGGGGUAGAUGGAUUGAUGCCAAUGUCGAUCCAAGAAAGUCCCUCGUGUUCUUCAGAGGCUACUCAGCCUCUCAUUUCAGUGGAGGGCAGUGGAAUUCUGGGGGUCAAUGUGACAAUGAAACAGAGCCAAUCAAGAAUGAUGCUUAUCUUUCACCGUAUCCAGACAAAAUGAGCGUUCUAGAACGUGUUUUUAGAGGGAUGAAAACCUCUGUAGGUUAUAUGAAUGUGACGAAAUUGACAGAUUAUCGGAAGGAUGCGCAUCCCUCGAUAUAUAGGAAGCAGCAGUACACGGAGGAGGAGAAGCGGUCACCUCUGACUUUCCAGGACUGCAGCCAUUGGUGCCUCCCGGGAGUGCCCGAUGCCUGGAACGAGAUCCUCUAUGCGGAGCUCCUGGUGAAGCUGAACCAGAAGCAGCAACCUCAAUCACACAAGAGAGCUUAGGUAAAAACAACAAGAUGCACAUUUGAGCCGUGUGCGUGAUCCUCUAUUGCAAAUGCAAAUCGUGUUUCAUCUUCUAUUAUCGUGAGUUAGUGGUGUUGUUACACGAGAUGAAACGCACUUGGAGGAGCCAACUGCUGUGCAUUAGACCUUUUUUCUGUUUUUAGUUGAAGGAUAUAGGUAGAUACAAAUGCAACCAACUUGGUGAAGAUCCAAGAUAUACCACUAUGUACAUAUUACUUAUGAAUAAAUGAAGUAUUCUUAAAUUUCAA